GACGCCAAGGCCACUUGAUACCACCACGUCAGCCCAGCAGCUCGCCAACACCAGACUCUCAGGGAAGGCCCAAUGAUGGAGGAAAAGCUAAAAUAUUCUUUUCUUCGCGACCUUAACGACGGGCAAAGCAUAUGGACCAGAAACGAGAAGCGAACCUGGUUCCUGACGCUGCUCACCGGCACCUGUAUGCUGUACUCCACACGUACCACCAUGCCACUGCUCGUUCCGGCCGUCGCAGCCGAGCGAAAGUGGAGCAAAACCGAUUCCGGCACGGUGCUAAGCUCGUUUUUCUGGGGCUACACACUAACUCAGGUGCUCGGAGGGUAUCUGAGCGAUAAAUUCGGAGGCCAGAAGGUGAUCCUGCUGGCCGCGAUUGGUUGGUCGUUGAUCACUUUCUGGAUGCCGAACAUCAUCACUUCGUCAUCGUUGUUUGCAUCCCACUCCAUUCCCUUCAUCGUUACCAUUAGGAUAGUAAACGGUGCGUGCCAGGGUGUCCACUUUCCGAGCAUGAUCAGCAUCACUAGUCAAAAUCUGAGCUCCACCGAGCGAGCCAGUUUCUUCAGCAUACUCACAUCCGGAUCGGCCCUCGGAACGCUGCUAACCGGCAUCGUCGGUUCGUUCAUUCUCGACUACUUUGGGUGGCCAACCGCCUUCCGGGUCAUUGGCUUUCUCGGCCUUUCCUGGACACUCUUCUUGCGCUACUACACAAUGGCGUCCGAUCGGAGUCGAAUCAUCAACAUUUCGCUCCCGAGCCGGAUGUAUUCGAAGCUGGGGACAUCCGAAACCGUACCCUGGUUGCGUCUGUUUGAGCGCAGUUCUUUCUGGGCCUGCGUGUUGGCGCACGCCUGUGAAAUGAACUGCUUCUUCGUGCUGCUCUCCUGGUUGCCGACUUACUUUCAUGAAAACUUUCCACAUGCCAAGGGCUGGGUGGUUAAUAUGAUUCCCUGGCUGGCACUCCCUCCGGUCACGUUCGCCGGAAAGUUACUUACAGAGCACCUGUUGGCCAAACAGUGGAGCUUAACACGUAUCCGCAAACUCGUCCAAAGCAUUUGCUUUCUUGGCCAGAACUGUGCCCUGUUUGUGAUGUGUCGCACGCACGAUUUCAACAUGGCCCUUACCUGCAUGUCAAUUAUCAUCGGUCUAUCGGGGCUACACAACAAUGCGGUCACGGUAAACCCUCAAGAUCUUGCCCCGAGCCACUCCGGCAGUGUGUUCGGUCUGAUGAACACAGUCGGUGCGAUACCGGGCUUUCUGGGUGUAUAUCUGGCUGGCCACAUACUCGAACUCACACAAUCGUGGUCGGCCGUUUUCAGCACGGCUGCUGCCAUCAACACCUUCGGGUGGCUCAUCUUUUCCGUGUUCGGUUCUGCCGAAACGAUAGUCUAAAGAUCAAACACACAUCACUCGGACUGCGGAAGGCAUCCGGAAGCGGAUGUGUCCGCAGCCUCCAACCAACUGCUACCAAAAACAAACUAAACAAAUCUUGAUCAAUCCUAUAGGUGUAUCUUUGAUCGUACUCUUUGACCCCUACUCUUUUCUGUUUACUUCGCCUAACAUAACUUAUUAACGAAAGCGUGUCCUGCACCCGAGGGCCGUUGACUGAGAGGGACGUUCAUUCCCGCGGAGAAACCGUAUCGUUUUCUACCGAUCCCGUGUGUCCAAGGGCCUAACGCCAAAGGAAGACGUAAAAAUGCCUGGUCGUUGUAGGAGGAAGCUGUUAGAU